AUGGCUCCCGCUGUCGGUAUUGACUUGGGUACCACCUACUCUUGUGUGGGUGUCUUCAGAGAUGACCGCAUUGAAAUCAUUGCCAACGACCAGGGUAACCGUACUACUCCCUCGUUCGUGGCUUUCACCGACACCGAGCGUCUCAUCGGUGAUGCCGCCAAGAACCAGGUCGCCAUGAACCCUCACAACACCGUCUUCGAUGCUAAGCGUCUGAUCGGUCGUCGGUUCCAAGAUGCUGAGGUUCAGUCUGAUAUGAAGCACUGGCCCUUCAAGGUCAUCGAGAAGGCCAGCAAGCCCGUCAUCGAAAUUGAAUUCAAGGGCGAGACCAAGCAGUUCACUCCUGAAGAGAUCUCCUCCAUGGUCCUGACCAAGAUGCGUGAGACCGCUGAGGCUUACCUCGGUGGUACUGUCAACAACGCUGUCAUCACCGUCCCCGCCUACUUCAACGACUCUCAGCGUCAGGCCACCAAGGAUGCUGGUCUCAUCGCCGGCCUGAACGUCCUCCGUAUCAUCAACGAGCCUACUGCCGCUGCCAUUGCCUACGGUCUUGACAAGAAGGCCGAGGGCGAGCGUAACGUCCUGAUCUUCGAUCUCGGUGGUGGUACCUUCGAUGUUUCCCUCCUGACCAUUGAGGAGGGUAUCUUCGAGGUCAAGGCUACCGCUGGUGACACUCACCUGGGUGGUGAGGACUUUGACAACCGUCUUGUUAACCACUUCGUAAACGAAUUCAAAAGGAAGCAUCAUCGUGGUCAUCGCUCGUCCCCGUUUCUUUUCAUCUUCUUUCGCCAUGGCAACAAGAUGUUCGCUACCGAGUCUGCAACCGAGAUCGCUACCGACAUUCAGACUUUGGUACGGACCAUCUGUUGGUCUCUCAUCGACGGAAAAACGUCCUGGAUCAACCCGAAGUUCAGUACCACUGUGUCUACAGAACAAAAGCUCACAGAGCUCUUUGUCCUUGCUCAGCUUACAUUCUGUACUGGAUUGGAACAAGUCCUCCUUGCCGCAACUCCUCCACCACUUGAGUGGUUUUUGCACCUUUCUUCCGAUAUUCCCAAAGAUGUGUGGGGUGUCUAUAUACUUGUUCUACAGAAGACUGGUUGUGAGGACCUUGUCUACGUGGGUUCCUCCACUGCAGUCUACCGUGGUCUCCGAGCAAGAAUCUCGCAACAUCAGCAAGGAGUGGCUGUGCCCCAUUAUGUGCGACGGGCGAAAGACAAUGGUUAUACCAUUGUUCACAGUUCUGUGCUGGUUUCUAUGGCAAUUCCUCCUCUGCUGGAAAUUGGCAAGUUUCGCUGUGUCACCCUUAUUCUUGAGGCAUGCUUUUCCUACGUGUUCUGGGGUAUGCUAUCCAAGGACAAGACGUACGGAUUCCCCAAGUGCCUGUGGUUGCCAUCGUCCUUCGAAUGGGGCGGGCUGUGCUCGCACAGUCCCCUCAUUGAGGGAUUCGACGAUUACGAUUGCUAUACUCCGGAACAACUUGAUCAGAUGGCUGCAGCUUCUCAAGAGAAAGACCGUGCCUACCAGCACGAGUAUGGAAAAGCUCUGCGUGCAAACCCUACCCCUGAAUUUCGGGCGAGGACAAAACGGAACAACGUCAUGCAGACAGAAAGGACACGAGCAAGACAACAGGAGGCUGUCGCUGCGAAAACUUAUAACUGCGAUCCCUAUCUCACCACCAACGCGCGGGCCCUGCGCCGUUUGCGUACCGCAUGCGAAAGAGCCAAGCGUACCCUCUCAUCUGCUGCUCAGACCUCCAUCGAGAUCGACUCUCUCUUCGAGGGUAUUGACUUCUACACUUCCAUCACUCGUGCCCGUUUCGAGGAGCUCUGCCAGGACCUCUUCCGCUCCACCAUGGAGCCUGUUGAGCGUGUCCUGCGUGACGCCAAGAUCGACAAGUCCUCCGUCCACGAGAUCGUCCUUGUCGGUGGUUCCACCCGUAUCCCCAAGAUCCAGCGUCUCGUUGCCGACUUCUUCAACAAGGAGGCCAACAAGUCCAUCAACCCCGACGAGGCCGUUGCCUACGGUGCUGCCGUCCAGGCUGCUAUCCUGUCUGGUGACACCUCUUCCAAGUCCACCAACGAGAUCCUGCUGCUCGACGUUGCUCCCCUCUCUCUCGGUAUCGAGACCGCUGGUGGUGUCAUGACUCCUCUGAUCAAGCGGAACACUACCAUUCCCACCAAGAAGUCCGAGACCUUCUCCACCUACUCCGACAACCAGCCCGGUGUGCUCAUCCAGGUCUACGAGGGUGAGCGUGCUCGUACCAAGGACAACAACCUCCUUGGUAAGUUCGAGCUUACCGGCAUUCCCCCCGCCCCCCGUGGUGUUCCCCAGAUUGAGGUCACCUUCGAUGUCGAUGCCAACGGUAUCAUGAACGUCUCUGCCGUCGAGAAGGGUACUGGCAAGACCAACAAGAUCACCAUCACCAACGACAAGGGCCGUCUUUCCAAGGAGGAAAUUGAGCGCAUGCUGGCUGAUGCCGAGAAGUACAAGGAGGAGGAUGAGGCCGAGGCUUCCCGUAUCCAGGCCAAGAACGGUCUCGAGUCCUACGCCUACUCUCUCAAGAACACCAUCAGCGAGGGCAAGCUCAACAUCAGCGAUGCCGAUAAGGAGAAGGUCUCCAGCAAGGUCGAGGAGAUCAUCAGCUGGCUCGACAACAACCAGACCGCCACCAAGGACGAGUACGAGUCCCAGCAGAAGGAGCUUGAAAGUGUUGCCAACCCUAUCAUCUCCGCUGCUUACGGUGGUGCCGCUGGCGCCGCCCCUGGCGGUGCCGCCCCCGGUGGUGCUACCCGCACUGCUGACGAGGUCGAGGAGCGCCCGGAGGAGCUUGACUAA